AUGGCUGGCGGUCCAAAUACAUCCGACGACGCCGUGGACCAAGCAGCAGCGUCGCUGCGCGCCGCCUCAUCCGGCGGUUUCGCACCGUUGGUUAAGCUCCUUCUCAAGAGGCACGAAAAGUCGUUUCCCGAUGUGUUCAAAGAAAAGAUCCUUAACGGCAAGGACAAGGACGGGGUCGGCCCCUUGUUCUCCGCCGCCUUUGCCGGCCAUGCUGACGUGAUCGAAGUACUCCUUGCUCAGAAGGGCAUCGCCGUCAACCUGAAGAACACCAAGGACUGGACUCCCCUCCAAGCGGCGCUGAGCAACGACAACGAACUCGCAUCCGAAUUGUUGGUGGAAGAAGACGCGGUGACUGCCACCAAGGAGUUUCAUGUCAAUUGGAACCCACUUUUUCAUGCCGCCGGUGCCGGCUACAUUCAUGUCGUCAAAAGUGUCAAAGAGGAGAUCAACCUACAGCACGGUGACGGGAUGACGGCGCUGUAUCCGGCUUUGUUGGGCUGGUGA